GAAACAUCGCCACGUAGCAAAACAAAAACACCAGCUAUUCACUUUCUCACCUCGACACGUAUACGUAUCAUCACUAUUAUACUAGGAGUACUAUCUACCACUUGAUGCACUUUUCCAUAGCCAUCUUCUUCAACAAAAUCCAACAAGAAAGAAAGAAAAAAUUGCAGACAACGUAACUGGAGUUGAACAUCAAUAAAAUGCAACACGACGGAAAUAGCACUACCCAGAAGCUAAGGGAGAAGAAGGUGAGCGAUGUUCUGACGGCGGACAAGCGGCGGCUGGUGGAGGUGCCGUACACGGCGACACUGGCCCACACCAUGAACGCCCUCGUGGCCAACCGCGUGGUGGCGGUGCCGGUGGCGGCGCCGCCGGGGCACUGGAUAGGGGCGGGUGGGUCCAUGAUAUUGGAGUCCGAUAAGCAGACUGGUGCUGUUAGGAAACACUAUAUAGGGAUGGUUACCAUGUUGGAUAUACUGGCCCACAUCGCCGGGGAUGAUGUCGGCGGUGGCGGUGAUGUGGAGGAGAGGAUGGGGGUUCCGGUGUCGUCGAUCAUCGGGUAUUGUCUUGAGAGUCUUAGCUUGUGGACACUCAAUCCUAAUACUAGUAUCCCAGACGGUAUGGAAGUUUUCAGCAAAGGUAUCCACCGUGCCUUAGUACCCCUAGAAAGCCACAUGGAAAACACAGCUGGCGUAGAACUCGUUGAGUCAGCCUCAAGCUACCGAAUGCUCACCCAAAUGGACCUCUUGAAGUUCUUGAAGGCCCACGACUUUGAGCUGAAUGACAUCAUGUCGCGGACCAUCGCCCAGUUGGGAGGGAUCACCAAUGUUGUUUUUGGGGUGACGGAGAAGGCUAAAGUUAUCGAAGCCAUAAAGUGUAUGAGGACUGCUUCACUUAAUGCUGUUCCUAUUGUUGAAGCUUCAAAUACUGUGGAAGAGGAUCACAGUCAGCUUAUCAAUGGGAAAGGUAGGAAGCUCAUAGGAACAUUUUCAUCCACAGAUUUGAGGGAAUGUCCAAUCUCCCAAAUGCAGACCUGGCUGCAAUCAAGUGUUCCGGACUUCACCGAUAAGCUAUCAACAAUCCCUUCACACACAGCCUCUGAGCAGCAGCAGGGGACCUCACCACGAGAACUCGUGACAUGCCAUGCUGAAUCAACUCUCGCAGAAGUUAUCGACAAGGCCGUCACCAAACAUGUGCACCGUGUCUGGGUCUUCGACCAACGAGGCUCACUCGAUGGACUCGUUUCUCUGACAGACAUGAUUAGAGUCAUAAGGGUUUCUUUGCUUUCUGAGUCCCCGUAAUGUUAUCUUAUCGGGUUCAAGUUUUAUCAUUCGUAUGACAAUUCAGGGGUAGCGUCAUGGGUGUAAACGGCUUUUAAGAACAUUACGCAGAAUAUCAAUAUGUGUUGGCCUGUUGAAA